CAUAAAAAGAAGAAUAAAAAAGAAAUAAAAAACAUAAAAAAUAUGAAUUUAAAAAUUGAAAUAAAUUGUAGCAGUUUGAGUUCGGUUGGUAUUGAUAUUCGAAAUUUUUCGUCAUGUCCGUUGAAUUACCCAAACCACGUGUUAAAAAGGUCGAGCUCUACGCUUGUGAAUUCGAGAUCAGUGCAAGGGUGCCGCGUGAGCUCUUCAACCAAUUUCUGGAGAAUGAAAUCAACGAACUUGGAAUCCGUGGCUGGGCUCAAGAGAUCGACGAUGGAUGUAUCAAAGGCAGACUUGAAGGGGAAAUCAGCAAAAUGGACAAACUCAAGGCAGUUUUAAGGAACUCCCCACAAUUUGGCUCUAAGAUUAUCGGUACCGUUUUUGGUGAACUGAGAAAAAUUCAAAAAUAUACUGGCAUUAAAUUUGAGAUCAUCUGUUGAGCGUGUUGGCGCACGUAUAUGUUGAAGUUGUUUGGAAAAAAUAGCAGAGAAGGAAAGAGGAAGUGGCAAAAAAAAAAAUUGGUUAAUAGGAAAAUUGUGAUUGUUUGUUCUGGUAUUUGAAUGCAUCACUCUCUGCAGCGAUUCCAACAAUUUGCAUGGCGAAAUUUAUCUAAAUUCGCGGUUGGUAUCGAAUCAGAGAGAGAAAGUGGGAGAAUUGGAGGCCUGUACACAGCUGCUGAUAUUUGAAAAAAAAAAAUUAUGAAACCAUGAAUAUUUAAGCUGAAAUUGUCCACAGAAAUAAAAAGGCGAAUAAGCCGAAA